CCCUAGCACCCCUUCCCUUAGCAGUUCUUCCAUUUCUCUCUCAGAGCCGCCCUAAUUCCAUCUCUGAGCAAAAAGGGCCAAAAUGACCACCCGAUUCAAGAAGAACCGGAAGAAGCGCGGCCACGUGAGCGCGGGUCAUGGGCGUAUCGGUAAGCACCGGAAGCAUCCUGGAGGUCGCGGUAAUGCCGGAGGUAUGCACCAUCACAGGAUCCUCUUCGACAAGUACCAUCCUGGUUAUUUUGGAAAGGUCGGUAUGCGAUACUUCCACAAGUUGAGGAACAAGUUCUACUGUCCUAUCGUCAACAUCGACAAGCUCUGGUCCCUGAUUCCUCAAGAAGUGAAGGACAAGGCCAGCAAGGACAAUGCCCCCUUGGUGGAUGUUACUCAGUUUGGCUACUUCAAGGUCUUGGGUAAAGGCGUGUUGCCAGAGAAUCAGCCGAUAGUGGUGAAAGCUAAGCUGGUGUCCAAGAUUGCCGAGAAAAAGAUAAAGGAGAAUGGUGGAGCUGUUGUUCUUACGGCUUAAGUAGUUUUGCUCUUUUAACAUUGAGUUUUUGGAUUACUUUUAAACUGUUUAGUGCUUGGUAUUAAUGGCUACUUUAUUAUGGUUGUUAAUUUUACAUUUUCGUUUAAAUGGAUAUGAGUUUGACUGGCAAGCUGUUAAAUUUAUGGUUUCACAUUUAGUUCUUAA